GGCGGUAAGAUUCUCUGAUGGUUCCCGAUCAUGGGGAAGGACCAGGAACUGCUGGAAGCGGCUCGCACUGGGAAUGUGGCUUUGGUGGAGAAACUCUUGGCUGGCAGAAAAGGAGGGCUCCUGGGCAGUGGAUCUGGACCUAUUCCUUUAUCCAACUUGCUGAGCAUCUGGCGAGGACCAAAUAUAAAUUGCACAGAUAGUUCAGGAUACACAGCUUUACACCAUGCAGCUUUGAAUGGUCACAAGGAUGUAGUUAUCAAAUUACUUCAAUAUGAAGCAUCCACUAAUGUGGCAGAUAAUAAAGGGUAUUUUCCUAUACACUUGGCUGCUUGGAAAGGAGAUGUAGAGAUUGUGAAGAUUCUUAUCCAUCAUGGGCCAUCACAUUCCAGAGUGAAUGAACAGAACAAUGAAAAUGAAACGGCUUUGCACUGUGCUGCCCAAUAUGGACACUCAGAAGUGGUUGCUAUUUUGCUUGAAGAACUAACAGAUCCCACAAUAAGAAACAACAAGUUAGAAACUCCAUUGGAUUUGGCAGCUUUAUAUGGCCGACUGAGAGUGGUGAAGAUGAUAAUCAAUGCAUAUCCAAAUCUGAUGAGCUGUAACACAAGAAAGCAUACUCCUUUACAUCUUGCUGCACGUAAUGGUCAUAAAGCUGUUGUACAAGAGCUGCUAGAAGCUGGAAUGGAUGUCAGCUGCCAGACAGAAAAGGGGAGUGCAUUACAUGAAGCAGCCUUAUUUGGAAAGGUAGAUGUGGUACGCAUUCUUUUAGAAACAGGAAUUGAUGCCAACAUAAAGGACAACUUAGGCAGAACAGUUUUAGAUAUUCUGAAAGAACAUCCAUCACAACAAUCACUCCAAAUUGCUGCAUUGCUUCAAGAUUACAUAGAAAAAGGAAAUGCAGAAGUUCCAGAGGAAUCCACAGAGGAAUGUUUAGUAUCAGAUCACCAGUCCAGUGUUUUAUCUACAGAAGAUUCUCCUAUACAAACAAGUAAAAGUGAAGUUGUGACUGGUGAAUUAUCAAAACUAUUAGAUGAAAUCAAGUUGUGCCAAGAAAAAGAUUAUUUAGAAGAUAUGAGCCAUACUGUAUCAGAUGAUUAUCUGGAUGAUGCUAGCAAAGUAUCAGAAGAAGAAACAGUAGCAAAUGGAAGCCGAGCCAAGUCUAAUGUAAGAUCGUCUUCCACAAAUCUGGAACAAGCAGAAGAGGAAGAGGAGGGUGGAAUUGAAAAUAGUUGUGGACCUACAGGUUUGUGGGAAGCACUGACACCUUGUAAUGGAUGUAGAAAUCUUGGAUUUUCCAGUCUUACUCAGGAAGCCUUUCCAAAGAAGGGGAGUUACACACUGGAAGCAGUGCCAUCUGUUUCUUCAGAAACAUCUCCUUUAGAAAAUGAGAAUGAUCUCUGUGAUUUUCUUGAUACAACAGUUACGAAGAAGCCUUGUUCUUUAGAAAUAACAAGAGGAGUUUCAUCAAAAAUAGAUAAUGCAGCUCAAGUAGCAAUUACUGCACCAGGUACCAGUAACCAUAGAAACAGUUCAACAGGCCCAACACCUGACUGCUCUCCUCCAUCGCCAGAUACUGCACUGAAAAAUAUAGUAAAAGUUAUACGACCUCAGCCCAAGCAACGUACGUCAAUAGUUUCAGCUUUUGAAUUUCACCGAAUAAAUCAGAGCCAUGACUAUUUUGAAAUCAACUCCUCUGUAAGAUAUGCAAGCUUUAAUUCCAGCUCUCCAGUCAGUCCAGCUAAUUGCUCUGUUGUGUCUGUUGAGGACAGCAUUGAAGAAAAUAACAUACCAGAAACCCAGCAAACAUCCAUUGACAGUGACCAUCUAGAAGCACAUCCUUUUGAGCAGUUUGCUGGCCUUCUUCAUGGAUCAUCACCUGCUUGUGACCCACCUGAAAACCCACUUCAGCUGUACAGAAAAACUUGUCCGAAGGAUGACCUGAACCAGAAGAUUAGUUUGAACCUCAGUAUUUUGAAUCCACAAUCUCUGCAAGAAAAUAGUACUGGUCUUCUGGUUAAAAAGAAAAAACCACCAAUUUUAAAUAGAACUAUAUUUCCUUCUAAAAAUAUUCUAGGAGAAGCUAACACAUUGACUGGUAUCACAAGAACUGGGGAUCAGUGGGUAGUUAAUGCUGCAGGAAUUAUGGAACGUGCCUGCACACUUGGAAGAAUACGAUCUUUGCCAAAGACUCUUCUUGACAUUCAUUUAUCCAAAUACAUUUCUAAAUCAGACUCAAAUCUCAUUUCCUAUCCACCUAAUGAACACAAAGCAAGACAAAACUGGAAUGAAUGUUCCGCCAUCCGAGAAACCUCCAGAAGAAAUUCUGAAAGAACGCCAUCGUUUACUUCAGAAUGGGAAGAAAUUGAUAAAAUAAUGAGUUCCAUUGAUGCUGGUAUAACUACUGGACUUGAAGAGAUUAGCGAUGGUACUGCAACACCCAGAUGCCCUGUCCAGACUGUGGGACAAUGGUUGGAAAAUAUUGGGCUACCUCAGUAUGAGAACCACUUGCUGGCUAAUGGAUUUGACAAUGUACAGUUUAUGGGGAGCAAUGUUAUGGAGGAUCAGGAUCUCUUGGAAAUUGGAAUACUUAAUUCUGGACACAGGCAAAGAAUUCUACAGGCAAUUCAGCUUCUUCCAAAGAUGAAACAGGCAGGCAAUGAUGGCUACAACCCCACCUCUGUAGCAGAAUGGCUAGAUUCUCUGGAACUGGGAGACUAUAUCAAGCCCUUUUUGAUUAAUGGCUAUACAUCAAUAGACCUUGUAAAGAAAAUAUGGGAUAUUGAAUUAAUUAACGUUUUAAAAAUCAGUUUGCUUGGCCAUAGAAAACGCAUUCUGGUGUCAUUGGGAGACAGGCUUCACGAAGAUCCACCUCAGAAACCACCGCGUUCUAUAACCCUCAGGGAACCCAGUGGUAAUCACACUCCUCCCCAGUUGUCUCCGUCACUCAGCCAAAGCACUUAUACUACUGGUGGUUCCCUGGAUAUACCACACAUUAUCAUGCAGGGAGAUGCAAGGAGAAGAAGAAAUGACAGCUAUUUUGAUGAUAUUCCCCGGUCAAAACUGGAAAGACAAAUGGCACAGUCUUCUGUCUGUGAGAUAUGGACCAACCAGAAUGCAGGAUAUCCUUACUCAGCAGUCCAUCAGGUUCAUAAUACUGGAGACUGGGGUGAACCAUCUAUUACUUUACGACCUCCUAAUGAAGCUACAGGAUCAACACCAGUACAAUACUGGCAGCAUCAUCCAGAGAAACUCAUUUUCCAAUCAUGUGAUUACAAAGCAUUUUAUUUAGGUUCUAUGCUGGUAAAAGAAUUAAGAGGUACAGAAUCUACACAGGAUGCCUGUGCAAAAAUGAGGAAGUCUACAGAACAAAUGAAGAAGGUUCCUACUAUUGUUCUAUCUGUCUCUUACAAAGGAGUAAAAUUUAUUGAUGCAACAAAUAAGAAUAUUAUUGCUGAACAUGAGAUUCGUAACAUUUCCUGUGCUGCACAAGACCCUGAAGAUCUCUCUACAUUUGCUUAUAUUACAAAAGACUUGAAGACAAAUCACCAUUACUGUCAUGUGUUCACAGCCUUUGAUGUGAAUUUAGCCUAUGAAAUAAUUCUCACAUUGGGACAGGCAUUUGAAGUAGCUUAUCAACUAGCACUUCAAGCUCGAAAAGGAGGCCAUUCUUCAACACUUCCUGAAAGCUUUGAUAAUAAGCCUACCAAGCCAAUCCCAAAACCACGUGUUAGCAUUCGAAAAUCUGUGCAGAUAGAUCCUACUGAACAAAAGACUCUUACCAAUCUACCGUGGAUUGUAGAACCAGGACAAGAAGCUAAAAGAGGAAUUAAUACCAACAUUGACAGAAGAAUGACAUGGGAUGAAGACUUUUCAAACAGAGCCCACAAGCGGAGUGGGAGAUAGUUUUCGUGCACGCAAUUUUCUUACGACUUUGCCACAGUGCUUUCUUUGAUUUCAUAUUUUAAUGUUCUACUUUUACAAAGGUCUCUAACAUUAAUGCUGCUUAGUAAUACAAUGUUCAGUUGUAGUUGGGUUUCUUAUUUGGCAAUUUGAACAUUGAAAUAGACCCGGAUUAUUUAAUACAAUAUUUGAGAAAUUAUGAAAAUCUUAUAUAAAAUAAUUUUCUGUUUAAUAUAUUUAAAAAUAAUAAUAGCAAGCUAUUAAUUUCCCUCAUUUGUUAGUUGCUGUUUUUUGUAACUCCAUGCCAUUUAAUCCUCUGGAGAAAAGAGGUUCUAUAUAGCAGUGUGAUAAGAUUGAUUAAUGGUUUUAAGAAGAGGAGAUAAUAAUAAUGCAUGAAAAUGCACCUUGUAUUAAAUAUUUUUGUGUGACAGAGGAAAAAUUAUAUGAACAAGUGUGAAUAUUUAUGAUAAAGGAAAUCAUUAAUUAUGAAAAGAAUUUGGAUUUAAUUUGAAGUUAAACUGCUGCUGUACUGUUUGCAACAGUGGUAACAGUGGGGACAUCUAUAAGCUGGAUGCUUUGUACUUUGGAAGAGUAAAAUAAAAGCUGCCCAGCGAUUGCACUAAGGUACAUGCAACUCUGCAGAGUUUUUCAAGUUAUUAUAGCCAUGCAUUUAAGCUUAUAAAUGUUUCAAAGAUGACUUUAAUCAAACUGGAAUUUUUAUUAAAUUUUCUGUCUCAGCUGAUUUUAAUGAAAAAGUUCAAUUCAAAAGGCUUUUUUUUCCUAAAUAAAGUUUUAAAAAAUCCAAAGUAAUACAUUGUUUCCACAAAAUAACCUGUUGAGCACUGGCUCAACAUGGAACUUAAUGAAAUUUGCUUACAGUUUUGUUUCAAGUAUUUUAAUUUUUUAAUGUCUUCGUGGAGUAUUUGUACAAUAACACUUAUGUAUAUUUCAGUGGAACUGAAUAAAUUACAGUAAAAAUAUUGAUCAUAGGCAAAAAAGAACAUUUUAAAUGUAUA